AAGAAAAGACGGUCCAUUUCUAUCAACUCAUAUUCCUUUAUGAACAUAGCAACACCGAUCCAAACAUACACCUGAAAAUAGUACAAAGUGAAUCGUAGCCUGUGGAGCUUGAAGCCAUGUCUGCCACAUUAAUAGGCCUGAAACUCUCAUUGAACACAUACCCAACCCAUAGGAAGAUCCCAGAUCUUCCAAACCCAAGACAACCCAGUCUUUCUAAUCUUCUCCCUUACUCUCUCCGUCGACUGCCUUCCACUCAAUUUCUCUCGCGGAUGAGCCCUUCCGUAGCCAAAAGAGGCUCAACUCCUCCAAUUAUGGCCGAGUUCUCGGAGGCCUUAAACAAGAGCUCUGAGAAUUGUAUAAAGAGGGGGAGAAGAAUUGCCCACCAUGCCGUAGUUGUACUUAGCUUGAUGGUGGCUUUAGGGUCGACGAAGACCGGCAUAUGUAAGCCUGUGUUCGCGAGAGAGGUGAAGCGAAGCAGGUGGGAUGUACUUAGAAAGAAUUUAUUUUCAAAACUAGGGAUAGAUGUCAGCCCUGCACUGAGGGGUCUCUCCAUGAAUACCCUGUACAGUGGGGCUCUGGCACUUGAUAAUCUUCUAGGGAUGAAGAAGGUUAUGAUCGAUCCCCGCUCUUUAAGAAAUUUGGAAGAACAAUUUAGGAAGCUUCUUGAUGAGACGCUCAAGGGAAAUCCACAGCUGGGAAAUCCACAGCUCCUGGAGUUGCAGCGUGUUGCAUCAAGGUUGGAAAUUGUAAGAGAUGAAGAUAAAGCUGUUCAUAUGUUGAGAGAGGCAUAUGAGAAGGCCAUGAGCCUCCAAGGAAUUAACAAGAGUUAUGCAGAAUUGGCCCGUGAGCUUGACAUGAUGCUUGUGGAAAUGCUCAUAUACCAGGGAAAAUACAAAGAGGCUUGGUUACGAAGCUGCCUAAAUGAUGAAUUAAGCACGAGCUUUCCUAAUGAAGAAGAGGUUAGUGAUGGUCGGGGCCCAUUUUACAAGGCUAUUCUAUGUAUCAUGCUUAAACGACGGAGAGAAGAGGCACAAAGGUUUUGGAAUCAGUUUAAGAUGGGUGGCAAACGACCUAGAUGGCCUGGAAAGCCAUUAGAGAUUGAUUCAAAAGGUUCAAAAUGGAAGCUGGUAGAGCAGAUGACAUUCGAGGAUUUUGAAAACGCAGUGAACUUACUGAAGGAAGAUAUAGACAUGGAUAGGGCAAAGUAAAGCCUUGAUUCAGCUUUCCUUCUAGAUUUUAUAUAUAUUGGUUUAUAGGUUUUUAGCAUGUGUUUAAUAUUUAAAAAUUUAGACACUUUUUGUUAAUCGUCUUAUUCAAAUAUGUCAUCUAAUAUUCAAAACACUCACAUUUUGUAUAAGGUGUCAACUAUAUACUAUUGAAAUAACGUGUACCUCAAAA